AUGAGUUACAUGAAGAAAGAUGAAGAUGCCGACCAGGUCAUGAUCAAGCUUGAUCGGACAUCUGUGUUCCAAGAUGCUCGACUUUUCAACUCCUCACCGAUCUCCCCGCGAACAUGCCGUACAUUAUUGACCAAGAUCGCGGUCCUCCUCUUCACCGGCGAGCAUUUCCCCACAAACGAAGCCACCACCCUCUUCUUCGGCAUCUCGAAGCUCUUCCAGAACAAGGACCCCUCAUUGCGACAGAUGGUUUACCUGAUCUUGAAGGAGCUGGCUAAUACCGCGGAGGAUGUGAUCAUGUCGACAAGUAUCAUAAUGAAGGAUACUGCGGUCGGAAGUGACGUCCUGGUAUCGAACGUCUCAUUAAGACCGCCAUUGUCGACAAAACCCCCCUCGGUCUCCUCCGCCGCUUUGGUUUCCGCCUACCACCUUCUCCCUAUCGCCCGCGAUGUCGUCCGGAGAUGGCAGAGCGAGACACAGGAAGCUGCUUCUUCCUCGAAGUCAUCGACCGGUUUCCUGGGCUUCGGUGGAAGCUCUCACGCCCACGCUAUCUCCCAGUCCAACUUUAUGACACAGUACCACGCAAUUGGUCUUUUGUACCAGAUGCGUUCUCACGAUCGCAUGAUGUUGGUGAAGAUGGUUCAGCAAUACGGCGCAGCUGGUGUGGUGAAGAGCCCCGCUGCUUUGGUGUUGCUUGUUCGUCUGGCCGCCAAGCUGGCAGAGGAGGACGCUGGUCUCCGGAAACCCAUGAUGCAGAUGCUGGAUGGCUGGCUCCGUCACAAGCACGAAAUGGUCAAUUUCGAGGCUGCCAAGGCUAUUUGCGAUAUGCGGGACGUCACCGACGGCGAGGCCUCCCAGGCUGUUCAUGUUCUGCAGCUUUUCCUGUCUUCUCCUCGCUCUGUUACCAAGUUCUCCGCCAUUCGCAUUCUCCACAACUUCGCUUCUUUCAAGCCAAACGUCGUCAAUGUGUGCAAUCCCGAUAUCGAAGCGCUCAUUUCUAACUCUAAUCGCUCUAUUGCCACAUUCGCUAUCACUACUCUGCUCAAGACUGGUAACGAGGCUAGUGUGGAUCGUCUGAUGAAGCAGAUCUCUGGCUUCAUGGCAGAUAUCACUGAUGAGUUCAAGAUCACCAUCGUUGAGGCUAUCCGUACCUUGUGCUUGAAGUUCCCUAGCAAGCAGGCCGGUAUGCUGGUCUUCCUCAGCGGAAUCCUUCGCGAUGAGGGUGGCUAUGAAUUCAAGCGCACCGUUGUGGAGAGCAUGUUCGAUCUGAUUAAGUUUGUUCCUGACAGCAAGGAAGAUGCUCUCGCUCAUCUUUGUGAGUUCAUUGAGGACUGCGAGUUCGCCAAGCUCUCUGUCCGUAUCCUGCACCUGCUCGGUGUUGAGGGCCCCAAGACCUCGCACCCUACCAAGUAUAUCCGCUAUAUCUACAACCGUGUCGUUCUGGAGAAUGCUAUUGUCCGUGCCGCCGCUGUCACUGCGCUGGCUAAGUUUGGUGUUGGCCAGAAGGAUCCCGAAGUCAAGUCUAGUGUGCAUGUUCUGCUCACUCGUUGUCUCGAUGACAUUGAUGACGAGGUGCGCGAUCGUGCUGCUCUCAACUUGCGGUUGAUGGGUGCCGAGGAUGAAAUGGCUGGCGCAUUUAUCAAGAACGACUCUAUGUACUCACUCUCCACUUUCGAGCACCAACUCGUUAUGUACGUGACUUCAAAUGAUAAGGAAACCUUUGCUGCGGCCUUUGACGUUGCUUCCGUGCCCGUUGUCUCCCACGAGCAGGCCUUGGCCGAGGAGCGGACCAAGAAGCUCACCACCGCUACCCCUACCCUCAAGGCCCCAUCGACUGGUCCUCCCAAGGGCAAGUCCAACGGAGUUGCUGAAGCAGCCACUGCUGCUGUCACCCAAAAAUACGCCGAGCAGCUUAUGCAGAUUCCCGAAAUCAAGGAGUACGGUACCUUGCUCAAGUCUUCAGUGCCCGUCGAGCUUUCGGAGAGCGUCACCGAGUACGUGGUCUCUGCUGUCAAGCACAUCUUCAAGGAGCACAUUGUCCUACAAUACGAUAUUAAGAAUACCCUUCCCGAUACUGUCUUAGAGAACGUGACUGUUAUCGCUUCGCCAUCAGAGGAGGAUGUGUUGGAAGACGACUUUAUCAUCCCUGCACCCAAGCUCACCCCCAACGAUCCGGGUGUUGUCUAUGUUGCGUUUAAGAAGCUGGGUGGCGAGCACAGCGUCCCCGUUACCUCUUUUACCAACAACCUGAAGUUCACAAGCAAGGAGAUCGACCCCACUACUGGCGAACCCGAAUCUGAAGGAUACGAUGACGAGUACCAAGUAGAGGACCUCGAGCUCAACGGCGGCGACUACGUUAUCCCCACAUUCGCUGGCAGCUUCGAUCACGUGUGGGAGCAGACCGGUGCCAAUGGCGAGGAAGAGAGUGAGACUCUACAACUAAGCAACAUGAAGGGCAUUGCUGAUGCCACGGAGCAACUCAUCUCUGCACUUUCUUUGCAACCCUUGGAAGGCACCGAUGUUGCCCUCAACAACAGCACACAUACCCUCAAGCUCUUCGGAAAGACCGUCUCUGGCGGCAGAGUGGCCUCUCUCAUCAAGAUGGCAUACUCAAGCAAGAGCGGCGUCACAACCAAGAUCACGGUCCGGGCAGAAGAGGAGGGUGUUGCUGCCGCGGUUCUUGCAUCUGUCACUUAA